ACAACUCGGCUGACAGUCUCAAUGGAAAAUAACGUUGAUGACAUUUCUGUGAAGAGAGAGAAAGCAUGGAAGCAAAUGUCGAAUCUAGAGAGAGAAAUACACACACGGUAUGAUCCUUAGAGAGAGAAAUUAGGGAGAGUGACUAGAGAGAGAGAGAGAGAGAGAGAGAGGCGAGAUCUGAUUCUCGUCCCCUCCACCACGAUCAUCAAAAAAAGCUCAACAAUCACAAUCAUCAUCAACCCUAACCAAACCAUGUCUCUGAACAUGAAAACCCUAACCCAAGCCCUAGCCAAGACCGCCGCGGUCAUCGAAAAAACCGUACAGACCACGGUCCAAGAAGUCACCGGACCCAAACCCCUCCAAGACUACGACCUCCUCGACCAGAUCGGCUCCGCCGGUCCAGGCCUCGUCUGGAAGCUCUACUCCGCCAAAGCUCGCUCUGGAUCGGCUCUCUCCCACCAGUACCCCACCGUCUGCGUCUGGCUCCUCGACAAGCGGACUCUCUCCGAGGCUCGCGUGCGAGCCGGCUUGUCUAAGUCCGUUGAGGACUCGUUUUUCGACGUUGUUCGAGCCGAUGCGGCGCGGCUCGUGAGGUUGAGGCACCCUGGGGUAGUUCAUGUGGUCCAGGCUUUGGAUGAGAGCAAGUAUGCCAUGGCGAUGGUGACUGAGCCGUUGUUUGCGUCGGUAGCUAAUGCGCUUGGGAAUGUGGAUAAUAUUGCCAAAGUCCCUAAGGAGCUUAAAGGGAUGGAAAUGGGAUUGUUGGAGGUGAAGCAUGGUCUGCUUCAAAUUGCAGAAUCCUUGAACUUCCUCCAUAGCAAUGCACGUCUUAUUCAUCGGGCAGUAUCUCCUGAGAGCAUCCUCAUUACUUCAAGUGGUGCUUGGAAGCUUGGUGGAUUUGGUUUUGCAAUCUCGGCAGAUCAGUCUGGCGAUGUCGCUAAUGUGCAGGCCUUCCAUUAUUCUGAAUAUGACGUUGAGGAUUCUCUACUGCCCCUUCAGCCAUCUCUGAAUUACACUGCUCCUGAACUGGUUCGGAGUAAAACAUCUUCAGUUGGAUGUUUUUCUGAUAUUUUCAGUUUCGGGUGCCUUGCCUACCACUUGAUUGCUUGCAAGCCUUUGUUCGACUGCAACAACAAUGUCAAAAUGUACAUGAAUAAUUUGACUUACUUAUCCAGUGGGCCUUUCUCAUCCAUCCCGGCAGAGUUAGUUCCUGACUUGCAGAAAAUGCUGUCUGCAAAUGAGACCUCUAGGCCAACAGCCUUGGACUUUAUGAGUUCUCCCUUUUUCCGGAAUGACACUAGGUUGCGUGCUCUUCGCUUCCUGGACCACAUGCUUGAGAGAGAUAACAUGCAGAAGUCUGAGUUUCUAAAGGCGUUAUCAGACAUGUGGAAAGAUUUUGACUCCCGUGUAUUGCGGUAUAAGGUUCUUCCACCUCUUUGUGCGGAGCUCCGUAAUAUGGUAAUGCAACCAAUGAUUCUUCCCAUGGUUUUGACCAUUGCAGAGUCUCAGGAUAAAAGUGAUUUUGAGCUAUCAACACUGCCGGCCCUUGUUCCUGUCUUUAGUACUGCUGCAGGCGAGACAUUGUUGCUGCUUGUGAAGCAUGCAGACCUUAUUAUCAAUAAGGCUAGUCAGGAGCACUUGGUUUCACAUCUCCUGCCCUUGCUUGUUCGAGCUUAUGAUGAUAAUGAUGCUCGCAUGCAGGAGGAAGGUUUGAAAAGAACUGUUUCCCUUGCAAGGCAACUUGAUGUUCAGUUAGUUAAGCAAGCAAUCUUGCCCCGUGUUCAUGGUUUGGCUCUUAAAACAACAGUUGCAGCGGUGAGAGUAAAUGCUCUGCUAUGUUUCGGUGAUAUGGUUCAAGUGCUCGAUAAGCAUGCUGUUUUAGAAAUCUUGCAAACAAUCCAACGUUGCACGGCUGUUGAUCGUUCUGCUCCAACUCUUAUGUGCACUCUGGGGGUUUCAAACUCUAUUUUGAAGAAGUUUGGAUUAGAGUUUGCUGCAGAGCAUGUCCUUCCACUACUCUCACCACUUCUUGUCGCUCAACAACUGAAUGUUCAGCAGUUUGCCAAGUAUAUGCUCUUUGUUAAGGAUAUCCUCAGGAAGAUAGAAGAAAAACGUGGAGUAACAGUGACCGAUUCUGGAUUUCCGGAGAUAAAACAAUCUCCUGCUGUUGAUGGGCAUCAGUUAGAAGCAGUGAAGAAACCUACAACCGUCACAUCUACUUCAAGUAAUAGCCCUUCAUGGGAUGACAGUUGGAUUCCCACCACCAAGGGACCCACCACGACCAUCCAGUCCUCUGCAACAAAUUUGUCAUCCGCUCAGCUCGAUAUUGCUAAUCUGCCAAAUCAACUUAAUUCAGCAAACUUGCAAUCCUCAAUAUCUACCGUAUCUAUCCAGCAAACUCCUUUGUCAUGUCCCCCAGUUGAUGUAGAGUGGCCUCCUCGGUCCUCAUCUGGAGUUACGCUUCAAUUGGGUGACAUUGAGAAGCAAAAUCAAAACACAAGACCAUCCUCUGGAAGUUUCGAUGAUAUAGAUCCCUUUGCUAACUGGCCCCCACGGCCUAGUGGCUCGUUAAAUGCUUCUGGAUCUUCCAACAAUGGCAGCAUAGUAACAUCAUCCACCAACAAAUAUGGGUCUGGUUUGAAUACAAGUACUCUGAAUGAUCUAAAUUUCCCGACUGCCAACACCAAUAGUUGGGCUUUCAACACCCAAAAUUCUGUAGAACCUUCAAGACAGAAUCAGGGGAAUCCAACAUUGAGUACUGGUGGUUUCAACAGCGGAGGACUCAACCAGAGCUCGAUGGGUUUUAUAAAACAAAAUCAGGGCGUUUCAGCUUUGGGUACGUACACUGAUAACAAAGUAACGGAUCUUGGAUCCAUAUUUGCUUCUAGCAAGAAUGAGCAGACAGCACCUAGACUGGCUCCACCCCCACCAACUGCUGUUGGUAGAGGAAGAGGAAGAGGAAGAGGGAGGGGAAAUCAAGGGCAACUUGGUUCAGUUUCAGCAACGCGGCCCAUCCAUGCCAAAUCACCGGCUGAGAAGCCGCCUCUUUUGGAUUUGCUGUAACCUGGAGUGGUCAUAUGUCUGAGUGCAGUCCCAAAAUGAGGAGAGAGGUGAUUAGCCAUAGUGGAUUAGCCAUACAACACAGAGCCUAGAGACAAUUGCAUGCUCUAAAAUGAGAUGAAGAUAGAGAUACCUGGUGUGAAUACUUUGCCUGUGACUCUAGUUGCCCUCUCGGAUGGUAAGGUUUGUUGCAGGAUUGUUAUGUUCUUUUGCUUGUAUACUCCACAAGUUUUUUUUGUUUUUGUUUUUGUUUUUGUUUUCAUUGUCUAGUUUGAUUUCCUAUUAUUUUGAAAAUGAGAAAGGUCACUGGAAGUCACUGUAUUCUUUAGAAUAGCUAGUUCCCAUGAAUGGGUUUGGGAAAUAAUAAAAGAAGAUUAAAAUUAAACUCCCUUAUUUGUGUGUUGCCUGAACAACUUGGCAAUAGUUUAAAGGAUUUGGAGGAUGAUAUAUAUAGAAGCCAUCGGUUAUUUAAA